CUCCCGGCUCCCCCGCUCUUUCAGCACACAGGCUGCGCGCUCCCGGCUCCCCUGCUGGCAAGAAGGAAGCGGGGUGCUCGGGCGCAUGCGCAGUGGCUGUCCGGGAACGCGCAGCGUAGUGCAUAGAGCGGAAAGUUGGGCGUAAAGUUUGGAACACAAUGUCGGGGACAGCGAACGUGUCGGCCAUGAAGAAGGUGGUGCAUCAGCUGCGGCUGGAGGCCAGCCUCAACCGGGUGAAGGUCUCUCAGGCUGCUGCUGAUCUGAAGCAGUUCUGCAUGCAGAAUGCACAACAUGAUCCCUUACUAACUGGAAUCUCCUCAAGUACAAACCCCUUCCGACCCCCCAAAGUCUGCUCUUUUCUGUAACUGUAUUUCCCUGUCAUUGAGUAACUUUAUCCCUGAUGGCGGAUGUCGGAAGGAGCGGCUUGGUUUGAUUCUACGAUGCUGAUCCCUGGGAAGUGCCAAGUUUUCCCCUUUGUACAUUUCUAUCAUCGAGCCUUUUAACAUCUACCUCUCCGUUGUGAGCUGUUUGCAGUAAUGCGCUUUUCUUUCUUUUUAAAAAUAAAUAGUUUUUUUUUAUACACUGGUAAUUAACCACGUAAUGGUUUCAUUUUAAUCUGAUAGUCAUUAGAGAUCUGCGUGACUGCAGUAUUUGUGACGGAUUCAUAAGGUGUUAGCAAACCUAAAACGGGACAGUGGAGGUGUUGCCCCAAGCAACCAAUCAGGUCCUAGCUGUCAUUUUAUAGCACGUACUUGAUAAAUGCUCGCCAGUACCUGAUUCGAUGCUAUGGGGAACAGCUGCUCUAGGACUUUUCUGAAGUUGCAGCAGAUCUACCCCGAGGUCUGUGCUCCUUCUCCCCGUACCACGGGCGCUGACGCAGCUAAAACGUCCCCUCUGUAACACAACAUCUACCAUUGUGGAGAUUUGCGCUAAACGUGCGUCAAAGACCGGUUGCCACUAUUCAAACUUUCAGGGCAGCGACGGCCUGGGACGGUCCUAGUGCACGGGACGUCUGGACUGUGCAGUUCCGCAGAUCUUCUGAUGAAAUUUGGACAUAAGUCAUUUUAUUUUGUAAAUGUAACAUGUAAAAUGUUGUGUAAAGUGGAAAAAAAAAACAAGUGGUGCCUUAUUAAAUCAUUCUCUAACAAUCAA